AGGAGCUGGCCCAUGAGCAUAAGAUCUUGUAUUUGGGCUUUUCAGUCUUUGGGUAUCUAGCACAGCAAAGAUGUAGAAGCAUCCAGACACCAAUUCCAUUUUAUAAACAGAUGGAGCAAGCAGCACAGCUCACAAAUGUGCACUGUGGGAUGGCUUCGGAGUCUUACUGUCAUGGGACCAGCAGGAGCUUUGAAAUGAACAAGAGGAAUAUUCUGUUAUCUGCCAAAGCAUCAUGGAUUCACCUGGAUGAAGAUUCUCUGACUCCAACUAUAGUGGAUAACCCUCCUCCUGAUUCACAGCUGGAAGAUUCUAAAGAAGAAAAUAUUCGCCACUGGCUGGAUUCUGGAUUCUUCUCAUCUACAAGUGAAGAUUUACAAGACAGAGAAAAAGCAGUUUCCUUGGUUAUCCCAGGAAUGGUGCAAAUGACUGUGCAAAGUUAUAUGAGAUCUCUGCAUCAGUUUUCAGAAACUCCUGUUAUGUCAAGGUGGAACAGUUUCAACUCAUCCCAGUCUCUUUCUAGUGCACCAAAAAGCAUCACUGAAUGGCUGAAGCUCUGGGAAAAGGAUCCAGUUGAGAUUCUACUAGAUUUGGGGUUUGGAACAGAAGAACCUGACAUUUGUACUAAAAUCCCUUCUCGAUUCAUCAGUAAUGCUUCCGUUGCAAAAGGAAUCAACAUCCGAGUCUUUCUGGAAGCUCAAAAACAGCGUAUGGACAUUGAGAAUCCCAAUUUAUACGGGCGUUUUCGACAACUGGAGGUCCUGGAUCAGGUGACUAGUGCCUUCUCCUCUUUGCUGAAUGGCGUUAACACCCAGCAGCAGAAACCAGAGGAGAGUAGUGGGGAAGAAAAGAGCAUGAUGGACAUUCAGAGGAACAAAGCUAAGGCCACACGAGCAAAGCAGAGAAGGCUAGGUCAGCUCCUGAGAAAAGCUUCCAGACAGGCAACUGUUUGUCAAAGGAGCCCUCAGACGUCUGGAAUUUUAGUGUCAUUCAAGGAUAGAGAAGAACCGUCUCCCACCUCUGCCGAGACGGACAGGUGCAGAACAAUUAGGACAUGCUUUUCAGAAAAUAAUACCUUGGUGGGUCUGGCAGAGGAACAGUCUUCCACUGAGGAUGGUGCACUAACGUUAUCCCAGCUGCCACAGGCUCCCAUAGGGAAAUCUCAGUUUUUGUCAUAUAUGCCUAUAGAGCAGCCCCAGCUUUCUUCUGCAUCAGAGAGGGUUGUCAAAGACAGACCAAGGAAGGAGUCCAAUUUGCUCUUGACCAACAUGCUCAGAAGGGUGUCAGCUCUAAAGGGCAAGCCUCCAGAUUCAUUUGAAAUGGAAGAGAUCCAAAGCUUUGAGGAUGAAACUCCAUGGGGAAAUCCUCGUGAUAGUACUUCAGAAGUGCUGAUGACAAGAACAAACAGCUGCCAGUCUGACAGCAGUGGAUUUCUGGAGGAACCUCUGGAGCCAUUCCCUUUACAAAACCCACCUUUUCCAGGAAACCUGAAUCUUGGCUGUGAUACCCAUGACCGAAAAUCAGCUCUGCCACAAAGAACAGCUCUUGUUGCAUCACACCGGGAUUUUUAUCAAAAGCCAAAGAGCCCUGUUGCUUAUACUUCCACUGCAGAUUGCAAAAACCUUCCAAGUGUGCCUAGUCCAGACAGAGAACAGGACCAGAGGGAAGAGAUCAUCCUCCCACUAACUGUGGAAGAUAGUCUACAUCAAACCAUCAGUGAUGAGUCAGAGAAUGUUGUCAAAGAAAUGGUGUAUGGUGUAAAUAAUAAGCAGGAGAUUAAAACUGGAAGAGGGCAAUUGGAGAAAGAGGAAAGUUGCAUUCAACAGGAUACUCCAUGCUUUCAGAAUGAUAAUCAGGAUGUGGGGGACAUUAAUACCCCUGAACUUGACUGUCAUUUAUACUGCAGUUCAAUACCCAAAAGCACAGCUCCAGCUCAUGCUCAAGAUAAUGGCACAACUCCUAUUGACUUCACAGACAGUGGAGCCUGUGCCAAAAACGAAGAAAGUGAAGGUCCUUUAACUGAGGACGAUAAAAGGAAAGUACUUAAGGAAAAUAUCCAGGAGGAUAUUACAGGAAGUGUAAAAGGAAAGAGAUGUAAUAUGGAGUUUUUCAGUAAAGCUGACACGGUGGUUCCAGUCACCAAAGCCACAAGUGUUCAACAGUUUUUCAAACUGGACUUUGAUAUAAAAUGUGUAAGUCAUUCGUCUGAAGCAGAGACUCCAGCAACCCAAUGGCAGGUCUUCCAAGUUGAAAAUGAAAGCAAGGUUAUUUCAAGCAGUUCUAUACCAGCAUCUAACCUUGCUGCUCACUGCUCAGAGGGCAGAUCUGAAUUUAGUUCCCAGGAAAGCACAGAGACUUGUUUAGAUAAAAUAUCAGGAGACAAGAAGUUGGUGAAAGAUGACUCUGUCCAAAACACUGAAAUAUACACCAAUCCCUCUAAAUCUGUUACUGUUCAGAUGUCUUCAAGGCUGAUGUCCACUGGGCAAAAAGUUUCAUUGAGCGAGGGCCUUAGUAAAGACCCAUUUUCAGAAAUUAAAUCCAUAAUGUCCCAGUGCUUUGAAGAUGAACCUGUAAUUACUUCAGAACUGGAUACUUUGAAGGAAGGUCUAAGAGAGACAAGAGAAGCUUCCAUUCAAACUGAUACAAUUGAAAUGAAAACAAGAAAUCGGUGGCCUGACCCACAACUUCUCCCUCCUUUCUAUAGACAUGGUCAUCUCACAAAAUCAGUCUCCCUAGACACUGGGCUUUAUGGAAAAUACAGAUCAUCCUACUGUGAAGUCUUUGGUGCCUGGUCUGCCCAGUGUGGUCAUAGCUGUCAUUGUUUCUGCUGCCAUCAUUGCUGCCACUGCUCAAACCCUGCUGCUAUAGAGUUACAGCUUUUGAAAAUGUUAGAGCUGCUCCAGGAUACAGCACUGAGGACCAUUACUCCAUGCACAAUCCAUGAAAUCGAAGUUAUGAAGAGAUCUUGCCAGAGUUUCCGAGAGAAGCUAGAUGAGAUUGAGCAGCAUCUGGUAGAGCAACAGAAUCUUUUUUCCAGUGCUAUGUCAGAUGAAGGAAGAGAGGAAAAAAGACAACUGCAGGUCUUGCGUCAAGCUGUUCGUCGUGAAGUUUCUGAACUGGAAUAUCAGCUGAAUGAUCGAUCUCGCCAGGUUAGGGAGGGAAUUCUAAUGCAGCUGGACCAAUUACUAGGAGAACAAUCCCAUCUGUUUUCAGAACUUGGACUCCCUGAUUGCAGGGAAGAGAGAACUGCCCAGAAUAAGCAAGUUGUUCCAGAUACAGCUGACACUAUGAAUUCUAGAGCUGGGAGCUCAAAAAUAGUAUUUCCAAGGGUUCUGAGGAGAAGUGAAAUGCUCCCAUCAACUCCAUCAGCUUCAAUGGACAGAACACCUGAGAUGCAAUUUCUUGCUAUAGCAACAGCAGAGCCAGAUCUACGGGAACUCCUCACUGGUAAAAAAGAAAUAAAAGGACCUCCCCAGCCAAAAAUUGACUUUAAGGCUUUUCUACAAAGUCUCAAGAAAUAUUUCCGAAACUCUUUCAGUAAUGACACAGAGGAAUGACAAGAUUGAUGGAAGACAGACAACUUCUGGACUUUAUAGUUGUGACUUCUCCUUACAACAAACAUUCUAAACCAGCUGAAGCAUUUCAGAAACAGAAGGAAGCAGCUGCUAUUUGCCAUUGGGUGUUAAAUAUAUUUUUGCAGUGCGAGGGCUGCCCUGGAGAGCAAGCCAUUUUAAGGGAUCAUCUAGAUCAGUGUUUCUCAACCAGUGGUAUGAGUACCUGUAGAGGUACU